UCCCUUCAAUUCUCGUCUUCUUCCUUCCCCUCCAACUUUCCCUUUCUCUCUCUUUCUCUUUCUCACUCUCUCUCUACUUUCUCUCUCUAGAUCUUACUUACUCUGAGCUCUCUCUCUCUCUCUCACUCGGAGCAGUCGCCAUGGCGGCUCAUCGAUCUCUGCUCGUUCUCCUUCCCCUACUCUCUCUCCUCCUCCGUAAUGCGGCCGCGAUUACGCUCUCGUCGCGCCUCAUACACCGCUUCUCCGACGAGGCCAAGGCUCUCAAGGCCUCCCGCAGCACCGGCGACGCCAAAUGGCUCGGUCGGUGGCCGCGGAGAAACUCCAUGGACUACUAUCACCUCCUCGCCAACACCGACUUCCAGCGCCAGAAGAUGAAGCUCGGCACCUCUCGUCAUCAGUUCCAGUUCCUCUUCCCCUCCGAAGGCAGCAACACGGCGUCGUUUGGCAAUGACUUCGGCUGGUUGCAUUAUACGUGGAUUGAUAUAGGGACGCCGAAUGUUUCGUUUCUGGUGGCAUUGGAUACUGGAAGUGAUCUGCUUUGGGUUCCAUGUGAUUGCCUACAAUGCGCUCCCCUAUCAGCUACUCACUAUAGUACUCUGGAUAGAGAUUUGAACGAGUAUAGUCCGUCUGGGUCAAACACCAGCAAGCAUGUGUCUUGCAGCCAUGAGUUAUGUACAGCUGGUCCAAACUGCAAGGCCCCCAAGCAGCCGUGCCCUUACACUAUUGAAUACUUCUCGGAAAAUACAUCGAGUUCUGGAUUGCUCGUGGAGGAUAUAUUACAUCUUGUAGCGGGGGGUAAUGGUGUAUCAAACAAUUCUAUUCAGGCCCCUGUGAUCAUAGGAUGUGGUAUGAAGCAAAGUGGUGGGUACCUGGAUGGCAUUGCUCCUGAUGGUCUUAUGGGUUUAGGACUUGGAGAGGUUUCAGUUCCUAGUUUCCUUGCUAAAGCAGGAUUGAUCAUAAACUCUUUCUCAAUGUGCGUGGAUGAGGAAGGUUCUGGGAGAAUAUUUUUUGGGGACCAGGGACCAAAUACUCAACAGUCUACAUCCUUCUUGCCCUCAAAUGGAAACUAUGAAACCUACAUCGUUGGUGUGGAAGCAUGUUGUAUUGGAAAUUCUUGUCUUAAGCAGACAAGCUUCAGGGCAUUGGUUGAUACUGGGACAUCAUUUACAUUCCUUCCAGAAGAAGUGUAUGAUAAAAUUGCAGUGGAGUUUGAUAAGCGAGUGAAUGCGACAAUCACGAGUUAUGAAGGAUCUCCAUGGAAGUACUGCUAUAAUACCAGUCCUCAAGAUUUGCUAAAAGUGCCUUCUGUGACGCUUAUGUUCCUGGCAAACAACAGUUUUGUGGUCCAUGACCCCGUUUUCCCGAUAUAUGAUAAUCAGGGAGUCGUUGGAAUUUGUUUGGCCAUACAACCAGCAGAUGGUGAUAUUGGAACGAUUGGACAGAACUUCAUGACCGGAUAUCGGACAGUAUUUGAUAGGGAGAAUAUGAAGCUAGGCUGGUCUCGCUCAAAAUGUCAAGAUCUUGGUGAUGCUAAGAGUAUGCCCCUAACACCUUCUCCAAAGGGCACACCACCAAUUCCAUUGCCAACAACUGAGCAGCAGAGCACUCCUGGUGGGUUUGCUCCUGCUGUUGCUGGAAGAGCUCCGCCGAAAGCAUCAGCUGCAUCUAGUCGGCCAAGGUUUUGUUUGUUGAGAUGGCUGGCGCUACUAGUAUUAUUUUGUAUCGUCAUCAUCUUCUAGGAGGAUACCACCACCAAUCUUUAGUAAUCUAUGUAGUCUUACAUGUAAAUGCAAUUGUUUUGUUCUUUUUUUAUUCUCUUUCUGCCCCGAAAUGCUUAGAGCUGGUCUGUAAUGUCUCGGUUUUUCUGUACUAUGUGUCUGUUGUAUUUGGUUGGGGCUUGUAGGGACAUGCAUUGUAUUUAGCUUUUGUUGUAUUAAUAUAUAUAUAAUAUUCCUCAAUUUUAGUCAUCAAUC